GCCCAGUCCAGGCAGCCAGCAACCAGCGCGUCUCUGCCUACCAAUGGGCAGGCUCGGCUCUGUGCAGCAGUGCUCAGUCUCAGCAGCUGAAGCUGGGCGCAGGGGAACUGCGACGGCCGCGCCAAGCAUCUUCCCAGUGAUGGCCUCUGCUGAGCAAACGUGCUCCAGCUUCCACCAGCAGCACUGCGCAUAAGGCAACACACCCACCUUUGCCCUCCUACCCAGAAGUGAGACACCACCAUGUACAGUGUGGAGGACCUUCUCAUUUCGCACGGAUAUAAAUUGCCCAAGAGCGGCCCUCCUUCUGCCACGCCUUAUGACAAGCGUCCUGCUGAUUGCCAGCGUGAACUUGUGGACAACAGGGCUGGCCGGGGGACGCUGAACGGGUAUGAGGCGGACCGGGGGGCAUCUAUCACAGGCAUCUACGCCAGUAGGCAGGCACUGGUGAAGUGCUACCCCGCCACAGACAACGAGAGCGGGGAAAGGUUCCAAAGGAGAAAAGAAGCCGGCAUCGGUAUCCUAGGUGACGCUCAGCCCUUGGGUGAUUCUCUCGCCACGGAUAGUGGGUUCUACGAUGUUCCCAGUUUGACUUAUUCAGAGCCACUGAGCCAUGACGAAAGGGAUGUUUCCUACUGGCGGAGGCGAGGCCAGGACUUCAGCAUCCUCCUGGACUAUGCUGAUGGCAGGGAGCUGAGGGCCUCUGCUGGAGCAUGGAGGCCACAGGCCCUGAUCGCAGCGGAGGAGCACAGGGCAGAGAGGCGAGCGCAGCAGCUAUGGGAGGAUAUUUCCUGGCUAAGGGAUCCAGAUGCAGCCCCUUGUCAGCUAAGGGUGACUGGGGAGAGGAAGUGCCAGAGCCUUGGUACAGAGGAGUGGAGGCCUGCUGUGGGCCUGGGAAGGCAGCUGUCAGAUGGUGAUGGGGACAGAUGGGCUCAGGACCACUAUCGUUUGAGGACACCUGAGGGUUUUUUUCACCCUAGAACUAAAGCAAAGUCUCAAUCUCUCCCAAGAGUUUUGUCACCUAAUAGAAUUAAUGGCAGAGAGCUAAUUCCAUCCAGACCUAGCCUACCUGAUAGACAACAGAGGAUAAACAGCACUGUCUUCUCUGGGCCCUAUAGUAGGUAUAUCUAUAGUGGUGCUCUUGGCAGGGAGCGUUGGGGUAGGAAUGCUGGGCCAAGCAGCCAUGUUGCACUUUUACCAAAGCCCAGGUUCAGCAGGCCUUUAAAGCCUCCAUCAUAUGAGAUUCACCAGCAGACUAGGGGUAGCGCAGAAAUGCUUGCUAUAGAGCAGGGUGCCAAACAAAAAGAUAGGUCUCUCUAUUUUCCAAGGGGUGGGGAGCUCAGACAAGACUAUUUCGCACAACACUCUGCCAUCACUGGAAUGGAGCCCCCUGGCUACAUCCCACCCCCAUCUUAUAAAAGACCCCCACUCCCAAGAGCAGUUUCAAUCAACCGCAAUGAAAUGGCAAACCUAAGAUGGAGGGCGGAAGCUCUGCAGAUGCAUAGUUCAGAUCCUGGAAGAUGGUUUUCCAGACAGGGAGGUGGUUCAUGGCUGGAGUAUUAUGGAGAUCGUGGGGCAUCCUAUCGAAAACUGGUGCAUUCUGGACAUGAAGAACAACCAGGUCCUGCCCGUCAAUUACCCACUGAAGACCCAAGAGCGAAGCAAAUCUCAGGAGGGCCUGGGGGAAAUUCUCUCACUGACUCAGACAAGAUCCGUAACAUCAGCAAAGAGAUUCCACUCGCGAUUCCUUCCGCGAUUCCUUCAGCGAUUCCACCCGCGAUUCCAACCGCGAUUCCACCCGCGAUUCCACCCGCGAUUCCACCCAAGAUUUUAGGACAAUCUACACAUGAUAGUGCCUUUAUUACCCAACAGGGGCCAGCUCUCAAUACUGAUGGCCGCAAAACAGCUCUCAUAGAAAAUGACAGCAGUAAUCGAUGGUCUAACAGGGGAAUAAACAAAAAAAGUGACAGUGUAGCUCCUGAACAAAACCGUACUCAGUUCUUUCCUUCAUCUAUUCUGGGUAAACCACCACCUCCCCCAUGCAAGCCGGUUGAUCAGGGUGUCUCUGAAAUUGUGGCAGAGGUCAAAAAGGUGGAGGUACCUGAUCCACCAGAAAAAGACAAAAACAAGAAUCUAAAAAAGAGACUUAGUGAGACAAUUUUUUGUUUGGUGUCUGUCCCUGUUACUCCACAACUCUGUGGGACGAUCCGUGAUCAGAAUAACAACAAUGAGAAGUCACCAGACCCAGCAGACAGUCCAAGUGAUAAUAAAACUGGCCACUUAACAAACCAAAGUCUCCAAAGCACAUCUUCAGCUGAAGCUGAGCUGCAAGCACUUACUGGUAGCAUAGCGAGCAGCAAAACAAGCAGUAGAGCAAGCAGCAAAAUGUUUAAAAAAGUACCCUGUAGACCCCCUAAAAUAAACCAUUACAAGGAGCUGAAACUGUCUGGAUCCUGGCCUUCAAACCAGUAUCGAGACCAGGAGACACAAACAAGUCCAGAGGUCCAAAAACCUGCCCCUGAAAACAAGGAAGCACAACAAGAACCUGUCCCUCCAGACACUGAGGACCCUCCUGACAGCAGUGGUGUAGCGGGCACUGCCUUCACUUUUCCUAUAAAGGGAGUGAAGAGCCUGAAACUGUCAAGCAACAGCGCCUUCUCCCUGACAUCCACCUUCUCCAACCAGCUGAACAAGAGCACAGCUCAGCAGCCAGCAGUACCACCCUCAGGAAAUGUGGAGGAGAACAAACCAGCAGCAAACACUGGGCCAGAGGCCUUGCAACAGUUGCUAUUGAAACCGACUACCCAGCGGCCAUGGGAUGCUGUCAAAGAGCUGGAGACCAUCAAAAAGGAAGUCCAGGAUCAACAGCAGCAGCAGAACAGCAAACAGCCCAGCGUUGACAAGUGCAUAGAGGACCUCAAUGAGGCUUACAAAGACAUCUUGGAGCUAGGCACUGCCAGCAAUAAAGUCCCAAAUGGUUCUGUACAAAUCCCUGAGCGUAUCAAAAUCCGGUUGACAUCAGAACCUCUCAACAAGCCCAGCAGCCUUAGGCGCAGUGCAGUAAGCUGGUCUGUUGACCCAGAAUACAGGGAAGUCAAGAGCGCCUUCUCCAGGCCUGCAACAAAAUCAGUGACUUUCAGCAAGCAGCUUCGGGAGGAACUGCCCGUCCCCCCCAGGGAGACAGGCUUCCGAGAAUACAGGGUUGUUUCGCACCUUUCGCGCAGACGGAGCAAUGAUGGCAGGACAGUAAAACUAGAUCUGCCAGAUGAGCCCAUCGAGACACCACUUUGUGACUUCAGUCCAACAACGCACACCACAUCAGCUGAGGUACCCUGGGCAGAUAGACAGCCCAUGCAGGAUGCCUCUACACUCACUAGUCCUCCAGAUUACGAGGACAUAUGCCAGACUUUGCGUCAUUCUAAAGACCCAUCGGAUGUCAAUAAAGCAUCUUCAGGCAAUUCAAACCCUAAUGACCCUGAGACUCUUCAAGAUCUCAGUGGUGAAUCAGAGGAAGACUGCCCUAUUUGUAAAAGAGAGCUUGAGAAUCAGAUGCGACAGGGUCCAUUGCCUCCACUUCAUGAGGAGAACAGCUCGGACAGCUCAGCCACUCAAAAUGGCAGUCCACCACAAUGUGCUGCCUUAGAAAGUCCAGCAGACGAUUCCCUCACUGAGGAGCCAAAUGACUCAAGUUUGAAACAGUCUGGGUCUGAUCUGUGUGGUGAGACAAGGGAACAGAAUACUUUGACACGGGGAGGGAAUGAAAUAACAGACAAUGCUCAAGCAGACAACUUGGACAAUAUGGGUGCAGUUAAUUCUGCUGAGAGCUUAUUAAUGAAUGACGCUACAAAGGAGAGCGCAUCCAUAAUAUUAGCAAAUGAUGUGCCUGCAGACCCCAAAGUCACAGAGGAACAGAGAGCUUGUGAAGCAAAAGCUAAGGAAGUAGAAGCGAAGGAAGCCAGUAUAGGAGAAAUACCUGAAGGCAGUGCAGACAAACAGUCAUCUGAAGUGAAAUUACAGAAUGAGAUACAAGACAGUGCAACGCCUGACGACAAGCAGGCGCAAGAGAAGAAUCCUUUCGCUGUCCCAGAGCAGAGAGUGGUUCUACGGACUCAUUUGGGUCGCGACCACCAAGGGUUACCUGAGUUUCCACCAGAUAGACUGCCCCUUUCAGUUCCCCCUAAUCUAGACCGCAGGCUGUCUCUUAGCUUGGAGGGGGAGAGGAGGAGCAGGGGACCAGCUCACCGAAUGGAAGUGCUGCAGAACAAGCUGGCUAUUUCCCCAGGACGGGUGGCAGUUGAGCGUCUGGCCCGGAUGAGGGAUGUGGACGUUAUGUAUCGUAUGAGGCGCCUGAGCAUCAGGAGCACUGACUCUGGGGAAGGGGAUGCAGAGGGGGAGGGAAAGGAGGGAAAGGAGGAUCAAGUUGAGGAAAGCCACCCUUUGCCUCAGAGAAAUAAGGAGAAUGACCAAGAGGUCACCAAUUCACAGCAGGUCUCUGAUGAGACAGUGUUACAAAACGAGGAGGAGUCAUCUCUCUCAGAACCCCAUGAUCCCAGCCGAGUGGAGACAUUGUAGAGAGACUACGACCAUCAUGUCCAUCUGAGGUUAUUAGCUCCAACACUGUGACCUGGCUGCCUACUAGAAUGCCUUCAUCUCAUUUUGACACUGAAAUGGCCUUCUUGUCCGACAAGAGCAUUGUGUACACCCUCACCCUCGGCGCUGCGUUGACUUCUGAGUGCUGUUCCACUGCCAAAGGGAGGUGCCCCCUUAACAUUAGGGGCAACUUCCACCCCCAGAAUCCUUCCCCAGCCUUCCCAAACUGACUUCCCUCUACCCCACUUAUCCUCCAUCCCCAAGCCCAUCCUCUUAUAGGGUUUCUACUAGUUAGUCUUCUUGUAGCGGCUUGUCCUUUCUAUUCUAUCCUCCCUACGCUUUUCUCAUUGGCAGACAUUAUGCAAUUCUGUCGCACAUACUACAACUUCUAAAAAUGUCCAUAGUGAAUACAGUUGAGACAUUUUUCGCAUUCUGAACAAUUCUGUUUGUUUACAGGCGAGUCGUUAAAGGAUAUGAAUGUAAGCAUUUAUGUUUAACCUAAUGUAGAGAUAGAAGGGUUACUCUCACAAACCUGUUCUGUUGCAUUUACACCAAAAUAAACUGCUCAUCUGAUUGUUGUGGUGAGGAAAACAGCUGUUUUAGAACUGGACAUCACUGUCUCUGGCUCAAGAACUGUUUUGAUUUUCAGAUGAGAUAAAUCAGCCUUCGGUUUUUAGAAUUUCAUCGACAUUGAACCCUUUUUUCAUUGCUUUUGUACACACUACAACCAUAACCAUAACACAAAGAGCUCUUCAAUGAAGAGUGAGUCUAUACCACAUGACAUGAUAGAUCAGUGACCUGUUAUACGAUACACUGGUUCUACACUGGAGAGGGAGAGUUGCCUUCUUUUACCAGAUGAGUGUUCCCUUGUUGGAUCAGGUGAAGUCUCUGGUUAUUUGCCUGGUCAAUCUGGCCUGAUCUGAUGUAUAACUCCCAUUUCCAGGUAAUUUCAGGAAGCAAUAAAAGGCACAGAUAGAGAUAAAAUGGUGGUCAGCAAAAUUGAUAAGCAUUAAAGAUGGAUAUAGGGAAAAAGAACAAAAAUCAAGGUCCAUAGAGCAAUACUGUUGUACUAUUGGCUCAGUGGUGCAGUGGAGCGAUGUGUAGGAACCAUGGUCAGGAGUUUUAAUGUGAACGUGUCAUUCAAAUUAUACUACAGGGAUAUGGAAUUGUGUCAGGGUAUAUGGGCAACUAACAGGGGGUGGGUGUUACUUCAUGAUAUAUAGUAUAUCUAUGUUCAUACAUCUGUAAGCAAGACGACAUUUCACGGGAAUAUUUAUUUUUUUUAUCAUCAAAUUGUUAAUGAGUUUGCAUAAUGUACAAAAUAAAGUAUAUUUUAAAUAUUUUAAGAGAUAUUUUGUAUUCAACCAUGAAAUUUUUAUUUCUCCACGCUUAUAUCAAGUUGAAAGUAUCAUGUGUCUGUAAAGUAUCAUAUUAAGAGUACACAUAAUUUUCUAGUGCUUUAAAACAGAGUGGUGUAGGAAGGGAUGACCCUGUGGUGUGCCUUGAUCACACGAUUUCGGUUUCAGUGAGCGGUAGGGUUCAUCCAUGCGAGUGUUUGACGUGAGGGAAGCUUUUUGAUUGUGCCAUGAUUUCCUAUUUGAUAGUGCUUUUUCAUACGCUAACAGAGUCAAUGUUGGACGCUCCAUGUGAUGUUUGAUACAUAUAUCCAUCUCCAUCUUGUUUCCGAUGUUGAACUGUGUCUUGUUUAUUUCCUUUGUAUGUCUUCCAGUUCAGAUCAUGUGUUGUUCUGUUAUUGGUUCUUGGAAAUAUGUUUAGAAAUAAAAGUGGGAUGUUUUUUCUUUUCUCUUCCUUCUGUCUUUCUCUCCCGAACCUAAUUCCCUCUUUAUCUUAAUGUGUUUCUUUCAUUCAACAGCGUGUUCAUUUUGUGUAAAUUGUUCUGCUGUCACUAAACAUUUAUUGCACUAAAGGAUACAAUGUGCUCUGCUCAUCUUGGCUUAAAACCAUGUAUUUGCAAAAAGUAUGACAAUUGUUUUUUUUAAAUACAGGAGUUUUUGAUAAAUUUUAAAUCGUACCUUAAAAUCUAAAUCUAAUAGCUAAAAACUUGAUAUAAACAAUUUUGCUCUUACAUGGUUUUUCCACGCCAGCAGUGUUGCAUUGGUGUAAUGUAUCAACAACAGAUCUGUAGGAAACCAUCACUGUUUAAUCAUUCAUCAAGUAUCACUUAAUUGUUAUGUAGCAUUUUACAGUUGUAGCAUUUUAUCAACUCAGAACUUUGUCUUAGUAUUUCAAACAUUUCUUGUAAAUCUGGAUCAUGUCGCCUUAUUACGUGUGCAUUACAUUAUACUCCAGGCAAUGCCAAAUAUUAAUGUACGAAGCACUGUUUCAUACCUUAGGUUUUUACAAACAACUUGCUGUUCUGCCAUCCCUCUAGCUGGAGAGGUACAGUAGCAUUGUGGAUAGUUUCUGCUCUUCAUGCUGUUUAUCUGUAGGAACAUUGAAUCAAAGCUGUGAACUUCAAAUAAGACAAAAAAAGCAUAAUCAUAAAAAGUACAGGAUGAGAUUCAGUGUUUCAAGACAAGCCCAUUGUCGGCAUCACAGGGAGGACAAGCUGACACGCCCGUAAUUACUAACAUCUCAUUUUCAAUUCAUUUUGAAGACUGAAAGGCUUUGCCUCUGUCUUGUGUGUAAACUGCCCCUAACAACAUUUAAAUAGCUAUUUCCGUACAUAUGCCCCCCCCACCCCCCCCUAAUAAUUGGCAUGUCAGGUACACUUGAACAUAGUGUCAUUAGACUCUUUGUACGGCAGGUUAUGUGCAACAUGAAGUAAUUAUGCACACUUGUAAUAUUUUAUAUUUUCAUAUGAGAUUUAAGUGCUUUUUGUACUCACUGACAUCUUUUUUUCUUCCUUGCAUGAAAUGCAAGAGAGAGGAGGAAAAAAAAGUUUUUCAUAAAGUAUAUUUACAUUUGGUACUCCAACAGUAAAAACCAGUGGGCAAAACAUUACGUUUCAUAAUUUAAUUUACAAAACUAUGCCAAGUAUUUAGAAGCUAUUUUUAGAGUAAUUCAAAAGAGAACUCAUUCAUUUUCUUUCCUUUAACACAUGCCUUUAUCUUUGUAUCUAUAAAUAUGAGCAUAAUCCAUAGUCAUAUGAUUGUGCUACUGUUGUAUGAUACUGCAGUCUGAUUCAUAAAUAAACUCUUUGCAUGAA